AUGGACCGAUCCAGAAGCAUCCUGACACCCCGAUCUCUCUCUCCAGUCCCAGAAGAAGAAGGCAGAGAUGAAGAGAAUGUGAGAGACGUUAAAAGCCAAAUCGAAGAACUCACAACCGAAGCCGAGACUGAGUCUGAGACUGACAACGACCUCCCACUCGAGAUCUCUGUCCACGGCGUCAAGGCAAAGGUUUACCUCAAUUGCGCCGAUGUCGACAUUGUUCCUACAAGGUACCUCGAGAAAGCCGACCGUUCGCCCCUCCUAAAACGCACUCCCUGGAUCUUUCGCGCCGUUGCGAACGGCCGAUCUGUGAAUAUCAGCAAGUGGAGCAAAGUUGAUAUCCGGUAUCGCGGGGUGUUCAAGACGCUGAAGAAGGCUCCAAGCUUUAAUGGGCUGUUUGGGUCUUAUACUACCAACGUCGCCACAUUUUCAGCCACCGAAGAUCAUGAGGGUGAGAGCUUCACUGGCCAGAUGAGCUCCGACUCUAGACCUUCGUCUGACUCUGGCUCCUUCUCAUCUUUUUCUUCGUCAAAGCGCUCGUCUAGCUCAAAGGCCAACUUCGAGGACGCGCUUAAGGCGCAGGGACAGGCCGUGUAUGCGCUCCUUGAUGAGGUGUUGAUGAUGCUGAAGAUAAAGCGUGAGGCGGAAAGUCAUCGGGAGGUGUUUUUUCUCAAGCCACGAUUGCUUACCUGCCAGCCAGAAUACUGGACUGGAUAUAGGCAGAAGCACAGAGACGGCCCGUUUACCGCAGGCUCCGUAUCGCUUGACUACGAGCCGGAUCGGGGGACGCCACGAGCAACAAGCGACCCAACCCUCUCGCUCAAAAAAGCCCUAGAAGGCGAAUUCAAGCUCCUUUUGGCCCAACUCCUGGUAAACGUGCACCGCCUCGGACCAAAAGGCGACAAAAUCCCGGACCAAGAGGCGUUCCUGAUAGCCUUGCACGGCUCAAAGCUCCACAUCCUACGCGGCAUCUUCCCCGGACAGAAGACCAGCAAGCUGUGGAGUGGCCGGCAUAAUCCAAAUACGUCAGACAUGGACCGGAGCACGCAUAACCUCUUUAGCAAUAUUGGUGACAACAGCAGCAAGAACGGGAUAGGCGGCAGCGAGAGCAGAUUCUACAACAGAACGAACCUAGAGCGCUUCAUGGAACAAGUGGAAUGGAACCAGCUUGCACACCCCGAGAACGAAAUACACCCGCGCUCGUUCCAGAUCUUUGGAAGCCGCGAGUACGAUCUGUGGCUGAAGUGGGAGUUUGCGGCCGCGGUCAAGAUGCUUGCGGGGCUUAUAAUGUACCUCAUGAGUGGACAGGCGCGAUGCGGGGUGCUGCAGUAUGAGUUUGAGCGGUAUCCGUAUGACGAGGGACUCGAGCCAGAGAGUGAUGUUGGCGAUGAUGCGGACGUUACUCCAACGGAGAAGAUUGCGAUGGAGCAGCAGGAGGUUGAGGAGGAAGAGGAAAGGCUGAAGAGGAGUGAGAAGGAAAGACAGGAGGAAGAACAGGCGCGCUUGAGUGAGUUUGAGGCUAUCAAGGGGUCUGUUAAGGAUAAGAUAGGCGGGCUUGCGGAUGGGUUGAGGCAGCCGUGGUGGGAUUGGGUGUGGGAGGAUAAAGGUGCUGAAGCGCCGAAAGAUGAAGAUGAGAUGAUUGUUGGUGGGCCACAUUGA